AUGAACCGCAAACGAGGCAGAGUUGCGAACGGCGUCGAGAGGCAGUGGUGGACGUUUCGGAGCCAAAAAAAAGAAACAAAGGCCGCGCGAGAAAGAGGGAGAAGCCGCGACGAGGACGGCGACCUGGAGGGCCGGAAGACACUGGAGAUCCUGACGCGUCAGGUCUCGCCGUCGGAACGAGGAGGGAAGGACAACGCAGGCUGCAUCCGACAGGACUCUCGCGGACUGGUCUCUGGAGUUUGGGGAGAUUCGAAAGGAGCGAUCUUCGGUUUUUCUCGAAAUUUGUCGAGACAUGAAGGCGCACUGCGAGCAGACACACAGCCGCAGCGACCCCCUUCUUUUCGGCGAAAAGUUGCAAUGCACACUGACCGUUCGCAUGCAAGGGUGAGGCCAUCUGUGUUUGACGCAUCUCCUUCUCGCAACCUUCACAGUACGACAACGGCCGGACAUCUGUUCUUCUUUCUUUGCGCUCUCCAAUUCGGUCGAGAGAAAGCAGCUGCGCAGAGGAAAGAAUUCUGGAAAACUCGACUCAAGUCGAACUGCCGCAAUCCCUCGCUCGAGGGCAACUCGACGCCGGUCCAAGCUGCGGAGAAAGGAGGACAGCGAUACGACAAAGACAAGAAAGAGAAGAAAGAGAAGAAAGAGAAGAAAGAGAAGAAAGAGAAGAAAGAGAAGAAAGAGAAGAAAGAGAAGAAAGAGAAGAAGAGAGCAGGACAAAGAAGAGAGAAGAAGAGGGAAGGCAAAGCGAAGAGAGGAGAGAAAGAGCGAAGCAGGGACAGGGGGAAGAUGCGCAAGAAAAAGAGAAGAAAGCAGAGAGCGCGUAUAGGAAGGCAGAAGCAGAGAGAGAGGCAGAGAGCGAGUUCUUGGCAGCGAAGCCUGCCCUUGUGCAUCGGCCAUCAGAGAGAAGCCGCAACGAGUAAAUCGCGUCUCGGUCUCCCGACACCCUCCCUCUCACAAAGCGUUGCCUUGUUUCGCUGCUCCUCUCUCCACCCCCACAGCCCUUUCUCUUGCCUCUGCUUCCGACUUGCCUCAAGUAUCCGUUUCCUCCUCCUCUUCUUCCUCGCCUCUUUCCAGCUGCGUCCUGCAUUCCUUUCUCGCUUUCUGCCGGCCGGCUCGGUCGCGCCUCGGCUUGGUGCCAGCAUGCAGUCCCCCACUGUUGCCGCGGGAGAGCAUGCGGUGGAGACGAAGUCCCUGCACUGGUUGCGAGAAAAAACGCAGGCAGGCAGCCGCCGGGAAGAGCCUCUUUUCCUCACUUUCCAUGGUGUGUCGCAAGACGCGACAAGAGCGCUUCUCUGCGCUGUCGGUACACCCGAUGUCCAGCAAGGAUUCCUCUUCGACUCUGCGUUGGGAAAGCACAGCGAAGCAGAGGGUCUCCUCGCGGCCAGCUCUGAGGACCAAAGUUCUCUCGAGGAGCGUUCUCACCUGAGAGAGAAGGAACUGAAAAAGCUCAUUGGCGAGGCACUGAACGUCGACGAAAUGCUGGAGACGCUCAACGACGUCAAACGAAGCACAGACAAAUAUCCGAUCCGUCCAUCGGAUUUCGGAAACAUCAACGCAGAUUUCAAGCGAGAAGAGCCCAACGCUGAGCAUCCGCUCUCUGGCCUGAAUUCUGGACAACAAACUCUCGACUGCCGAGACGUUCCAGCAGCUGUCGAGGCAAACAUCCAUCUCGUUGGGCUCCAAAAAGAGGCUUCUUCCCAUGAGAGCCUGGAGGAGACACUUGGAGACAGGGGCAAAGGAACGCGUUCGAUGGAGACAAGAAGAGAGAGCGACUUCCAGGAGAGAAACAUGGAGGCGAAGCGCGCGCUGCAGAGGGAGAUUCUUUGCGAUUUGUUUCUGAAUGCUCUCCUUUUCUGUCGCGAUGAAGCCUUCUCAGAAGCCGCUACGUCAACGUUUCUCGGCAUCUUGAAGAAGGUUUUACAGGACUCCAUGCUGGGGAAACUGUCCCCCGUCGCCUCCGCAAAAGCCUUCAAGCGACUGCUCCUCACCUACAGCAUUCAGAGACCACCGAGCUCCAUAAAAGUCUUCACCUCUCGAGCUCUCCAAGCUGCCAUGACGUACGGCGUCGAAACCUUCUACCGACACUACCAGCUGUAUGCCCACUGCUUCACGGUUCGCAACUACCUUGUUUUCCAGCAGGAAACAGUCCCCCUCCCUCCCCGACCUCGCCUCAGCCUCCAAGAGUUCCCUGUCGAUGCAGCCGAGGAAACCGGCGGCGAGGAGACAGACAAAGACCCUCGCGCUUCCGCAAAGAUGCCCUCGGAGAUCUUCGGCCAGACAAUCUGA